GGAACAGGACAGGCCUUUCCUCAGGAAAACGUAUCACCUUCCACCACAAUAGCGCUCCAACAGCCACAUUGCUCUCUGGAGUCCAUAAACACUUUCCGACACACUCUUCAGUCACACACACUUUCUUGCACAGCCUGCACACUCCAGGAUGACACUGCAUUGAAAAACUGCAACAAGGAUUUUCUUUACAGCCCAUCAGGUCCAAUCGCAAGUGCAACCAUGCCCAUUCUGAAGAAGCUCCCGGGAAGGUCCAAGAGCUGCCAUGAGUUCCCCAGAGCCAACGGUGAGCUGAUUCUCCCACGGCUUGACUUGGACCUCAAAGACUUGAAUAAUCUGAAGGAGCUGAACGAGCUCAAGGAUCUGAACAAGAACCUCAACCCCUUUGAGGACGUGGACCUGGAUGAAGACGAGAGGGGCGAAGGUGGCGCGGGCCUCAUCAUGGGGGAGGUCAGAGGUAGCCUGCAGGUCAGGUCGGCCUGUGAUGGAGAAGAGGAGGAAAACGAGCUGAACGCUGAAAGACACAGUGCGGUAAACCACAAAGGAAAACCACUCCGGGGAACCCUUGAGAGGAUUUGUGGCGUGUCACCACUAAAGACCCUUGGGAAACUGGGAAAGGGGCUCCGCAAAUCCGGCAGGAGCGUGUGGGGGAACAACUCUCCCCACUAUAGCCCUGGAGACUCAAACACGCUCCCGACAGAGAGGGACAAAAGAAAAGGACUACGCAGGAGCUCAGAAGGAAUUAUGACUCUGUUACGCAUUACAGGCCGGCAUAAGGAGGAGCACAGAGAAAGCCUGCCCUGCGGGGACCUGUUUGCAGACGGUGAGGCGGAGGCAUCCAGGAGGCCCUCCUUCCUCAGGAUGGUGAGUCUGGGCAAGCUGAAGAGGGAAUCCAUGUCCGACAAGGGCUCCCAGCAGACUGAGGAGGAUGCAGAGGUGGAGGAGGAGCCAGUGGUCCAAACCAGAGAGCCCCUCUCAGUACUAGAGAUCCUACAGUUAGUCAACCACCGGGACUUGCUCCUGGCCGACACACAUAUUCAGGAGCUAGAGCGGGAGUGUGAACUGUUGUCUCUCCUGCCAUGUCCGACCAGUCCCACCCUGACUCCGACCCUCAGCCCCCCCAGCCCUUCUGGCCUGAUUCCCCUGUCAUUCUCAUCUUUGGAUGACUCACUGAGCGCCAAUGCUACUCUGGAUUCGAGCCGAAGGAAAGAGAAGGACGUGGAGCUCCUCUAUGAGGCUUUGAUGAAGGAGAUGUGGGAUGUUGUGCGUGAGUCUCUCCGUCAGCCCAGCGCUGGGCCCAACCUUGGGCUUGUGGUGCUGGUGAUUCAACAGGAGGAACAUGCCGAUGCUGCCUGGACUCUUCGAGAGGACACCAAGCUAGAGCAACAAACGGAUCUGGCUCUACAGAUCCAACCCAGCCAUCGUCCUCGACGACUGAAGAUAAAGUGGAGGGAAGCAGUGGCGGAGGCUGCAGACUGGAGCUUGCCACACCAGGUGGACACUCAAGCCGGCCAGCUGUCCUCGUAUCUUGAGCGCCUGAGGUGUCGGGUGGUGGAUGACUUGGAUGCAGCAAGGAGGAAUGCUGUGUCUAUUUACCCGGAGGAGUUUGCCGCUUUCCAGGUGUAUGUGGAAAGUUAUCAUACAGCUGUGGCCAAACGUCUGAAAGUCAUUACCAGUGACCCACUGCAGAUUACUGAUGUCUACUCGCUGUUGGACUGGUUCUACAACAUCUACAACCGGGAUGUUCUGGGAACCAUAGGCACCGCAACACCCAUCAACUAUGCCUCUCUGGAACCCAUUCUGCCUCAAAAUACAGUGAACAGGCUGGAAGAAGACUGUCUUAGUCUCGUAAAGGAGAAGGUAACAACAGAGCUGAUUCAGGUUCUGGAUGAUGAAGAACGACGAUGGGCCCAUACUCUACACAUAGAGGAAUAUCAGUCCCAUCUAGCACGCUCGGUCAUACAGAGACUGAAAGUUGAUCUAGACAAAUCUACAUCUGUGAACCAGUUUCUCGGGGCAAGAGUGGCUCGGUUUAGUCUCAUCGGUUUGGCUGAUUUUCUUUACAGUUUCCAGAGAAAAGUGGAGAUGUUUCACGAGACACAGGCGGAGUUCGGUGAUCGAGGAGAUGGAUAUGUUUCCAGGACAAUAGCUCUGGUCAACUCUUGCCCCCCUCUCAGAACCUUUGUGGAGCGCUGCAGGCAGUGUGAUCAACAGGCUAGCGAGGACUCUGGAAAGAGAGCCAACUCUUCUCUGGACAGGAUCAUCAACCAGUCUGUGAGGGUUCUGGCAGACAGGCUGUUUGAGCACAUUAGGCCGUUUUUUGACAAAAUGGUCAAGACAAAAUGGCUGAACUACACGGACACGUUCGAGGCCAUUGAAGCCAGCAUCAAACAACACUUCAAAAAGUUUCGAAGGAUGGACCCUCCACCGUAUCAGACGUUGGUGGGUGAGGUGCACCGACGGGUCCUGGUGGAAUAUGUCCGAGCCAUCAUGCGGGGACGGCUCAUAUGCACGUCUUCCAAGAUGAGGAAGAGGAUGGCAUUCCGCUUACAAGACGAAGCCAAGCAGCUUAAAGGACUAUUUAAGGAUUUGGAAUCAAACGCAUCCUGGUUGGACAGUCUCAUCUGCCACAUUGCUGACAUCAUUCUCCUUGAAGACACGCCUUCUAUCCAGAUGGAGGUGGCUGUCCUGGUGAAAGAGUUUCCAGAUAUACGGCAGAAGCACGUGUCCACCCUGCUGAACGUCCGAGGCAUGAUGCGUCAGGCAGAGCGUCAGGAGAUCCUCAACAUUGUCAAAGACUUCCAGUGCAGCUCUGCUUUGCUCGGCCGGGAUCACGCCGUCUUUUCCGACAUCCCCAUUACCUCAGAGAUGCACUGCAUCAGCAUCGGGUUCCUGCGCCUCGCCAUGGCCGUCACCAACUGGCUCUCUGAGCACCGGCCCAGGAAACGACGCAGGAAAAGCACCAGGAACACGAGGCCGCCGUCGUCUGAGGCUCAGAACAUGGAAGACAUGACUAAACACAACAGGGAAGAAUAGUGUGAAAGUAAGAAGAGCAGUUGGGGUCAUACUGUGAUGAAAUGGAUGAGAUGUACAUGCACCUUGACAAAGACCAGACAAGUAAAAAAAAACUUGACUUGAGGUACUGCUCGUUCUGUACACACUUAACACAAUUAUUCAACAAUCUGAACUAACCUUGUAGUUUGUUUUAGUCCGAACUUAUCGACCACAAGAAACUGUUUUAGCCUUUAUUUCGGCUCACAUCAGUAUGAAAUGAUAAUGCCAUCAUAGCAGAGCGAGUGCUAUAUUGCUUUAUUGUUGUACCAUUUAUAUACCCAGCUAGGGGUGUCCUGAUCUGAUAUUGAUAUCGGAUAUUGGUAUGAUAUCAGCAAAAAACAUCCAUCAGAAUACGUAGACUUGAAUCUGAAUCUCCAAAACAAACAUUAACUUCUUAACAUCUAAAAAAGCACACAAGGUUGGUCUUUUUUUGUAUUUUAGUCAAGUCUCUUACAAAAGGUAAACAUUUUUAUACAUAUAGGCUACUAGCAGCUACACAACAGCUAAGCACACUCUAGCACACAAGCUAGAUAUACGUAAUAAGUGUCCUUAGUUGAACAUUAUUGCUGCCUACAAUAUAAACAAGUAUUAGGUAAUUAUAGUUGCAUAUUAUUUACACAUACAAACGUCUCCGCAUCAUUCCAUCCAUCCAUCCAUUUCUACCGCUUAUCCCUUACGGGGUCACGGGGGUGCUGGAGCCUAUCUCAGCUACAAUCGGGCGGAUGGCGGGGUACACCAUGGAUAAGUCGCAACCCCAUCCCAUUUUGGCCCUAUUUAAAUUUUGUGUGUCUAACGAAACUUGAGACAAAUAUGUAUCUUACAUCUAUUAUACGACAUUUUGUUCCUCAUAGUUCAAACGUCGUUUAAAAUAUCGGAACAAAAUGAUUUUCUUGAACACCUUUUACGCUUCCAUGUGAACAAUUGGACACGUUGUAGUCGUCUACAAUCGUGAUUUUUUUGUUUUAAAAUGUGAGUAUCUUUGCCGACACAUUUAUUUCAGGAGAUGUUGGUGAGGGGGCGGGGGUCAACGGCAUCGUAGUGUACGAUAAUUUAUGUACUCCUGCUGUCAAACAUUCCUGUUUGUUAGCAGGAUUGUUUGAUACCUGCUAUCAAACAUUCACACUCACAUUCACACACUAGGGCCAAUUUAGUGUUGCCAAUCAACCUAUCCCCAGGUGCAUGUCUUUGGAGGUGGGAGGAAGCCGGAGUACCCGGAGGGAACCCACACAGUCACAGGGAGAACAUGCAGAUUCCACACAGAAAGAUCCCGAGCGCAAGAUCAAAACCAGGACCUUUGUAUUGUGAGGCAGAUGCACUAACCCCUGUCCCACCGUGCUGUCGCAAUAUUCAACUCAAUAAUUUAUUGUGACAACCAAAGGUCGCCGAAAAACACACAUUUACCACUCUACUUCAAGUUAAACCUCAGGGGAUAAAAGCUGACUUUUUUUUGUCCUUUCAGUAAAUUUUUGCUGCAUUUUUUUGGCUAUAUUUUCGUCGUUCUACUCCAUUACAAAGGAUUUUUCCGAAAAUAUUUUUUUUCAUCUUGAGUUAAAAUAUUUCCACGUUCAAUACCAUCACAGGCGUACAAUACAUUAGCAGUUAUUCGACAAUACCCCAAAGCCAAACGGGAUGUAUAUAAAGUCUGUUAUUCUUCAAAAAUGGCCAUUUAAAACAUUUUUUAAAUUUUUUUUAUUUUUUAAUGUACUUUGUUUAAAUCCCUAGAUCAAAUUCGGCCCUAAAAAUAUAUAUUAAACAUGCAAAGUUUUCUUUUGGCUGUUUGUUUUUAACCCUUUAAAGUAUUUUUAUCAAAUGAUAUUAUGCUUGUAUAGCACUUUUCUACCUUCAAGGUAAUCAAAGCAUUUUGACAUUAUUUCCACAUUCACCUAUUUACACACUGGCGGGAGCUGCCAUGCAAGGCCCUCACCACGACCCACGACCCUAGGGUGAAGUGUCUUGCUCAAGGACACAACGUACAUGACGAGGUUGGUAGCAGGUGGGGAUAGAACCAGGACCCCUCCGGCUCCUGGCACGGCCACUCCACCACCACGCCGUCCCCAUGAUGUCAUAGCUGUUAAUUAGUAAACAUUUGCAUAACAUUAAUUUUUUUUACUAGUUUAGACUUGUGACAUCAUCUUAUCAAAAAGCCUUCAAAAGGGUCACAAAAAUCAUUACUUGUUUAUUUCUUUUAGGAUUAGAGUUAAUUAAGAAAUUUAAGCAAAACAGUAAAGUUUGCACCCUUCAAAAACUUAAAAUGGUCUACAUAUAAAACACUUCCUUGUAGUCUACAUAACAUGUAAUGGUGGUUUCUUUGGUCAAAAUGUUGCAUAAAUUAUGUUUUACAGACCAUCUUCGAACCUUUCUGACCAUCUCCAAGACGCGUUGUUUUAUUGCAGUCUUAUUUACGUCCUCCACUUCAACAGCAUCUGCUCCCUGUCAUCCAUGUUGUAGUUUUUAGGGCUUCCAUAUCGAGUCUACUGACGGAUAUGUUGGAACAAGACACUACUUUGUAUUAGAAAUGGCAACGGCGCAGGAGGCAUGUGCAUGUACGAGCCAGUCUGCCCCACAGCAAUGGGAUGGAGAAAAAUAAGGAACUUAUUGACAACACCGUCAGACUACAAUAGCAGACUCUUACAAAACUCUUCGGGUUAAACUAAAUCCCUAGUUAAGGGAUUUAGUAGUAUUAGGAUUGGUAAAGGGGUCCGAAGGAGGAGAAGAUGGCAUACAAGCCCUCAUGGAUGCGAGCCCCCGUGAAGUUUGCUGCAAUGUCCCAUCUCAUUCAUCUCACUCAUCCAUUCAUGCGCGUCACUAAUUAGACGACGAGGCAUUUGACUACCUUAAGACAGUGGUUCUCAACCUUUUUUCAGUGAUGUACCCCCUGUGAACAUUUUUUUAAUUCAAGUAACCCCUAAUCAGAGCAAAGCAUUUUUGAUUGAAAAAAAGAGAAAAAUAAGUAAAAUACAGCACUAUGUCAUCAGUUUCUGAUUUAUUAAAUUGUAAAACAGUGCAAAAUAUUGCUCAUUUGUAGUGGUCUUUCUUGAACUAUUUGGAAAAAAAGAUAUAAAAAUAAUUAAAACUUGUUGAAAAAUAAAUAACUGAUUCAAUUAUAAAUAAAAAUGUCUACACAUAGAAUUAAUCAUCAACUUAAAGUGCCCUCUUUGGGGAUUGUAAUAGAGAUCCAUCUGGAUUCAUGAACUUAAUUCUAAACAUUUCUUCACAAAAAAAAGAAAUCUUUAACAUCAAUAUUUAUGGAACAUGUCUACAAAAAAGCUAGCUGUGAACACUGAAUAUUGCAUUGUUGCCUUUCUUUUCACAGUUUAUGAACUUACAUUCAUAUUUUGUUGAAGUAUUAUUCAAUAAUUAUAUCUAUAAAGGAUUUUAUUGUUGCUAUUUUUAGAAUAUUUUUAAAAAAUCUCACGUACCCGUUGGCAUAUCUUCAAGUACCCCUAGGGGUACGCUUACCCCCAUUUGAGAACCACUGCCAUAUUUCCAUAUUUGGAAAUAUCCACUUACAUCACACUUAGGAAAAACAUCACAAAUAGGGCACAUUCCAAACGGAAGUAAGUAUGAAGGAAGGCAAGAAUUUUUUAUAAAUAUCUCCGCCAUGCCGCCAUGGUUUGAUUUAACAUUUUUGGGACUUAGGUUAGUAUUUUGUACACCUGUUUGACUAAUUUCACCUGAUCACACUUUUCAAACAUUUCACAAUACAGUACAAAAUAAAAAAGUAUGUAUGAUUCGUGCUGAUAUCAGAUCAAUAUCGGUAUCGUGUGGGAAGUGAAAAAGUUGUAUUGGGACACCCCUACACCCAGCCAUAUAUACUAUACUCAGUUUUGGUUUCUACUUCUAGAAUAUAUAGUGAUGUGUUGAACUCUCACUGUGAAUGAUAUGGAUCUAUUGCUGGAAACCUAAUAAAGACCCAUUGAUUGGGUAGACGAA